AAUAGAGAUUUCGGUAUAAAGCGUCAGCGAGAUUUAACCAUGCUAUUGAACAUUCAAAAUGGUAAAUUCUCAACGACUCUAACGAGUAACGGGUUAAGUCUUAAUCGUUAGGACCUAGGUAUUUACCUAUUUAGGAAGGCAGCCAGGGCAGUGAACUUGAGAAAAUCUGGGGUUCUUACUGAGGCGGAUAAAAGUGGAACGGCCUUUACGGAGUUCCACGUCGGCUUCAGCCACCCCUAAUGCUCCGACCAAAUCCUGAUAAUACAUCAAGUUACACCAGCUAAUCACCCCCCUUUGUCCCUUUCAUCUUUUGCUUUCUCACGUUCCACUGCGCAUUUCAUCUAAAUGUAUAGGCCAGUAGAUAAUUAGCUGCAAUUGUAUAUUCACCAUUUAAGAAUCCUCAAUUUUGAAGAGCGGCAGGAUCGACAACAAUGGCAGCUGAGAAUGAAACCUCGGAGCAAAAGCUCCCCGUCAUUAUCGUGGGCGGUGGCUUAGCCGGAUUGGUCGCGGCUUUCGAGCUAUCGGAACGUGGCGUGCGAACACUGAUAGUAGACCAAGAAGGAGAACAGAACCUCGGUGGACAGGCGUUCUGGUCUCUUGGCGGUAUCUUCUGCGUCGACUCGACCGAGCAACGGCGCUUGGGGAUUAAGGAUAGCCGGAAGUUGGCUAUGCGCGAUUGGUUCGGCUCGGCGCGCUUCGACCGUCUCGACGGCGAGGACAUUUGGCCGAGUAAGUGGGCUGAAGCCUUUGUCAAUUUCGCUACGGACGAUAUGGAGAAGUAUCUCAAGGCUCGUGGCGCUGGAUUCAUGGUCAAUGUCGGCUGGGCUGAGCGUGGCGAUGGGACGGCUGACGGCCACGGCAAUUCGGUCCCGCGUUUUCAUAUUACUUGGGGCGCUGGACCUGAGAUCGUGCGUGUGUUCGCCGAUCCUGUCAAAGAAGCAGCAAAGAAGGGGAUAAUUGAAUUCAAAUUUAGGCAUAGGGUGGACAAGCUGUUGGUCGAUGAAAAUGGCAGAGCGUCUGGGGUUAGAGGAAAGGUCCUUGAGGAAGAUGCAUCGCCUAGGGGAGUGAAGACAUCCAGGGCGGAAGUCGGUGACUUUGAAUUACACGGCGCAGCUAUAGUAGUAUCGUCUGGAGGUAUUGGAGGUAAUGUGGAGGCAGUGAAAAAGGCUUGGCCUGUGGACCGUCUAGGACCGAAAGUACCAGAGAAUUUCGUCAUCGGCGUACCGGCGCAUGUUGAUGGCCGAAUGGUGGGGAUCGCCGAGGAGGCUGGCGCCAAUUUCGUCAAUCGCGACAGAAUGUGGCACUACACCGAAGGCUUGCAGAACUGGAAUUCUAUUUGGCCAGACCACGGAAUCCGCGUUUUGCCGGCGCCCUCCUCUCUAUGGUUGGAUGCGACUGGCAAGAGACUUCCUCCCUGGCUCUAUCCUGGAUGUGAUACCCUAGCAACACUCAAGUACAUAUGCAGUACAGGCUACGACUACACCUGGUUCGUUCUCGACCAAACCAUCAUCGCGCGCGAAUUCGCUCUCUCGGGUUCAGAGCAAAACCCCGAUAUAUCAUCGAAGAGUAUUUGGCAGGUACUCAAGAACCGUCUUUUCAGUUCCAAGGGAACCGUGCCCGUUCAGAACUUCCAAAAGCAUGGCAAGGACUUCGUUGUGCGCGACAACCUCGAGGACUUAGUCGAAGGCAUGAAUGAGCUCGCCAAGACUGUAAAUGGGCCUUUACUUGACCCUAAAGCGAUUAGGGAAACCGUCGAGACACGCGACGGACAGAUGGUAAACGAAUACUGCAAGGACUCACAGGCAAUGUUGAUCCGCAACGGCCGAAAUUACUGGGCUGAAGCCCGAAGCCGUGUUGCGCCGCCACAUCAACUUCUAGAUCCGAAACACGGGCCCCUAAUCGCAGUGCGGAUGAACCUGCUUACGCGAAAAACUCUCGGAGGACUCGAGACGAAUCUCGAAAGCAAUGUGAUGAAGGCCAAUGGCGAGAAGUUCCCAGGUUUAUACGCGGCGGGCGAGGCGGCUGGAUUCGGAGGCGGUGGUGUUCACGGAUACAACUCCCUCGAGGGGACUUUCCUCGGUGGCUGUAUUUUCUCGGGGAGAGCUGCGGGACGAGCGAUUGUGGACGAACUGUUAGGGUCUUGAGGAUUGGAACCUAUCUACCUAGUGAGCGAAUGUGUGAUGACGAACGAAUAUGUAUGUAUGUAUGUAUCUUUACGCAAUUUUUAGUUGACCUGUUUCUUCUUGAUACGUUUGGUAAUUAUUUAAUGUUCUUCCUGAUAUCUACAUUCCUCUUGCUCUACC